UUUAUCCGUAAAAAGGAAAAUCCAGGGAGCUUCAGAGCAUUAGCAUCAAUGCCAUCCAUGGAGAACCAAACGGAAACUAAGGUUUAUUUUCACUACAACCACACCGAUUCUUGUAGUUCUGCGAGGUGGACCGCUAGAGAGAGCUUUCAAUUCAUGUAUGAGCGACCUUGGCAGGAUGUUCGCCGUUUCUAUUCCGAUGUGGUUAACGGCUGCUUAACCUUAUCGACGUUAUUCGGGACUGGCAAUGGCAAUGACAUUCAGACACGUUAUGAUGUUGUUGACGAUGAUUAUAAAAGAUCAGAGGGUUGUGAUGAGAGAGAAGAAAGGAGUGGAAGAUGGCAAAGAGUAACGUUCAAGAUAAUUGUUUCAUACAGUGGAUGUGCUUUUGAUGGAUUGCAGAAGCAGCCUGGUUUGAACACUGUUCAGGAAAUAGUUGAAAGAUCUCUUGGGAGAUUUGUUGAUGACAAAAAAGCACAACUUCUGAAGGAAAAAUCUAAACCACUGGAAGGUUGUACCGUGGUUGCAGGCCGAACCGACAAAGGAGUGUCUGCUAUUCAGCAAGUUUGUUCUUUCUGUAUGUAAACCCUUUUGAUAUUGAAGAUGCAAUCAAUAGUGCAGCACCUGGGAAACUCAGAGUUGUAUCAGUUUCUGAGGUAAUGGUUCUUAUUUAUGAAUGUUGAUUACCCAAGGGGAAAAAUAUUCCUUGAUAGAAGCAACUGCAAAGCUUAUCCAUAAUAAUUACUCCUAUACACUAGCAACUAUUG